AUGUUUCCCAUCACAGGUGGAGGAGGUUUCACUCCCGGCAUCGUUUUCAAUCCGUCAGCUAAAGGUGUUGCGUAUGCUCGCACCGACAUUGGAGGCCCGUAUCGUCUCAAUGCGGAUGAUACAUGGACACCUCUACUAGACUCGGUGAACAAUAGUAACUGGCACAACUGGGGUAUUGAUGCACUUGCUACUGAUCCAGUAGACACCGAGCGCUUGUAUCUGGCUGUCGGCAUGUAUACAAAUGAAUGGGAUCCCAAUCCUGGCUCCAUUUUGCGAUCGACAGAUAUGGGUAAUACGUGGCAGGAGACAGUAUUACCAUUCAAAGUAGGAGGUAACAUGCCUGGUCGUGGCGUUGGAGAGCGCCUUGCGGUCGAUCCCAAUGACAACAGUAUCAUCUAUUUUGGGGCCAGGAGUGGUCAUGGUUUGUGGAAAAGUACGAAUUAUGGUGUUACAUGGUCGAACGUCACUUCCUUUACCUGGACUGGUACAUACUUUCAAAAUUCCAGUUCAUCUUAUACAUCAGAUCCUGUGGGAAUCGCAUGGGUGACCUUCGACACCACCUCUGGGACUAAAGGAUCUCCAACCCCGAGAAUCUUCGUCGGUGUUGUGGAUACUGGAAAAUCGGUCUUUAAGUCUGAAGAUGGCGGUGUAACCUGGGCUUGGGUUUCGGGAGAGCCUCUGUACGGAUUCCUGCCUCACAAGGGCAUCUUAUCUCCACAAGAAAAGACCUUGUACAUAUCCUACUCCAAUGGCGCCGGCCCGUACGAUGGUACGAAUGGCACUGUACACAAGUAUAAUAUCUCAACAGGCGUCUGGACAGAUAUCAGUCCAACCCCGAUGGCAAGUACAUACUACGGGUAUGGCGGUCUAGCUGUUGACUUGCAGGUUCCUGGUACUGUAAUGGUGGCAGCAUUGAACUGUUGGUGGCCGGAUGAACUUAUAUGGAGAAGCUUAGAUUCGGGUGCGACAUGGUCGCCUAUCUGGGCUUGGAAUGGAUAUCCGAAUAUUGAUUACUACUACAGUUAUGAUAUCUCGAAUGCGCCUUGGCUGCAAGACAAUACCUCUACCGCUCAAUUUCCAGUCCGUGUUGGAUGGAUGGUAGAGGCGCUGGCCAUCGACCCAUUUGAUUCAAACCACUGGUUAUAUGGCACUGGAGAAACUAUCUACGGAGGCCAUGACCUACUGAAAUGGGAUUCGAGUCACAAUAUCACAUUGAAGUCACUGGCUGUGGGUAUUGAGGAAAUGGCCGUGCUUGGUCUCAUCGCACCUUCAGGAGGACCACCCCUUCUAUCCGCCGUGGGAGACGAUGGAGGCUUUUAUCAUGUCGAUUUGAAUACAGCACCGAGCCAAUAUUUCCACGAUCCUACUUAUAGCUCGACGAACGGGAUAGACUACGCUGGAAACAAACCAUCUUACAUAGUGCGUGCGGGGUCGAGUUCAACUUUACCUACUGUUUCACUCUCAACGGAUUAUGGUUUGACCUGGUCUGCCGACUAUGCUGCAUCAUCCAGUACAGUUCCUGGAGCUGUGGCCCUUUCUGCGGAUGGUGAUACCGUGCUUUUGAUGCCUACCUCGGGUAGUCCUCUCAUUUCAAAAUACACUAGCAGCUUCAGCACCGUGUCCGGUCUACCACCAUUAGCAGUGAUUGCGUCCGAUAAAUCUAACAACACAGUCUUCUACGGAGGAUAUGCUGGUAGCUUCUACACAUCCACUGACGGUGGUGUUACUUUUACCAAACAGGUUAGCCUUGGGUCCAGCAGUGCUGUCAAUGCAAUUCGGGCUCAUCCUACUAUUGCUGGCGACGUCUGGGCUUCCACAGAUACCGGACUUUGGCAUUCCACCAACUCGGGCUCAAGCUUUAUACAAAUAGGCAGCGGCUGCACAGCUGGCUGGAGCUUUGGCUUGGGUAAAGCGGCAAACACAACAUCAUAUCCCGUAAUCUUUGGAUUCUUCACUGUUGACGGUGUCACUGCCUUGUUCAAGACCGAAGAUAAAGGUGUUAAUUGGCAAAUAAUUUCCGAUGCUGCCCACGGGUUUGGGGCGUCAUCGGCCAACGUUGGGAAUAUGGUACGGCGAGCCCAGUGGCAGUCUACCAUCGUCAACAGCAUCUGGGACUACGACAUCGUCAACCGCUACCACUCCAUCAACGUCGUCAUCCAAAUCGACUUCCACGAUUAUAACUACAUCUAG